AGCACUAUUUCUACAAUUGGGCGUUUGAUCCAUACAUUUGGGUGUAGAGUUGGAAAGAGUGAUUGCAGUUCGUUAAAUUGUGGCUACAGCUGUAAUGUAAAACCGUUCAAUUAUGUGAAACCAGGCCAUGCCCUAUUUUGUGUUACUUUUCGGUCCUGGUGUGUAUUGCUGUACGCUAGCAAACAUCAAGUUAACUGAGACUCUGGCUAGUACUAUUUCAUGACGUAACGGAAAAUAGCCAGUUCUGCAUGUGAUUUGCCACUAAACAACGUUGCAGUCAUUGUAUUUUUUGGGUGGAAUGUCAGUCUAAUGUUUUACUUUUACUCAAGCACAGGGCUUUUUUUAACGAUGUCGUAGCUAUUCUGUGGACUUGUGAAUGCGGUCAGAUGGUUCGAUGGCUGGUGCCCGAUUGAGGCUAGACUACGUGGCACCGAAGAUAAAACACUACGGCUGGCAUCAUUGACAUGGGCUUUUCUCGAAUUGGGUGUAAAGCAACAGUCAAAAACCUCACUUUUACCUAUGGCAAACGAGUACGUUAACCUGCUGCAAAGUUAGGUUCUAUUUUAUGAUGCCAGGCAAUCCCAGGAGCUCGUGCAAUAACUUCACUUGCGUCUGCACGGCCACGGAGGAUGGUUGAGAAUCAAGGAAAAUACUUUUCAGUUUCUGUUACGCAGUUGUCGCAUCAAACUAGGCAGUGGCGCAUGUUACCAUACAUGACUGGUCCUUAGUUUGUUAUAAACACAGAACGGGCUCAUGCGGCGUUAGUGCAGAAGGUAGGCUACUGAUAUGUUACAACUGUCUGCUGUUGGGCAUAGUGGAGCUGGGCCUGCACCCAUAUUAAGCCACUGACCGACUGAAAGGCAGGAGCUUUUCCAUGGUUUUUGUUUGUCAUAUGGGCAAGGUGUUCUUUUGUGCGGCCGUGGAUUCGGUUUCCGCAGGGUUCCACGCCCUGUGUUAGCAGCUGAAAGAGCUGCCCCGUUUUGCAAGCCUCGGGCCCUUUUCUCGCCCUACUCACCUAUUCUUCUCUUGCCUGGCCCUUCCUUCCGGAGCCUUCGGUUACCAUGGACACGCUGUGCUGUGAUGAGCUGGUGUAUGUGAGGGAUGAUGAUGGAUCAGACUCUGGAAGCCCAGCCCCUGCUUCCUGAGGUGGGCUUCCCGCACAUGCUCAGUUCGGACUACAUGCAGCAGAUGAUCCUGGUACAAGUCAAUCCAGGAGAUGCUUUCACUGUCCCCACAGAAGGUGGUCACAUACAAUACAUUCCAGGUCCUGCUCCCGUGCCUAUGCUUUCCCACAAUGGCUCCGUGGGCCCCCUCUACCUGCCUCCAGGCUACAUGCCUCAGGUGAUGGAGGAGAACAGCAUGCGUAAGAUGAUGCUGUUGCCGCACGGCGCGCUGGAGUUCCACCCGUCGCUGCACCCUCCUCCGCCUCCCCACCCGCACAUGCCCCCCCACCAGCACUACCCGGCGCACCACCACCACCACGCCGCCCUCCUGCCCCACCCCACGCACCUCUUCCCACCCGAGAUGCCUCCCCACUACAUCACACACCACAUGCACGCGCUGCCUGCCAUCUACCCCGAGCAGGAGCUGAUGUGUCCCAGUAUGGCGGUGCCGUCUCUCAAGUCUCAGCAAGAGCAGCUCCACCGGCGCCUGAAGGAGCAGCGCUCCACGCCCGUCACCAACGGCAACCACAACGCCCCCAGCAAUGUCCCUCCAAACACUAACGGGGUGCACCACAACCACAACCACAGCACACCCCCUCCUCCCCUGGCCAAGGGGUUACCCCCGCCGCCACCCCCACCGCUCACCGCCACCCUGCACAACGGCACACACAUUAAGCCCCCCACGCCCUCCCCCAGAGCCCCUCGACACAACAAACUCUCUGGCCGGACCAGAGCCACACCCCCCUCAGACACGGAAAGCACAGAUGUUGAGGCUGGAAAACACAAAGUCAAGGAGAUGCUGUCCAGUGUUAGCAAACCUACAGUCAGUGGUCUAACAUGUCGCUCAGCUGUCCUCACCUGGUGUCCCCCCAUCCCCUCCGCCACACUCCACCGUCACCACCACCACCACCAUCACUCCUCUGCCUCCUCUUCCUCCCCUUCCUCCUCCUCCUCCUCCUCUUCCUCCUCCUCGGCCUCAGACAAACACCCCACCGCCCGCACACACACACCUCCUCCGCUGCUCUGCUACGAGCUGGCGCUGUCCCACAGCGGCGCCGACGGAGACUACCGACCAGUCUACCAAGGGAAAGACACUACGUUCACGUUAGGAGAUCUCAAGCCGGCCACACUUUACUAUGUCAGAGUGUGUGUGGCUUGCCACUCCAUCAAGGGCUCGCCAUCAGAAGCAGUGACGUUCACCACCCUCUGUGCCCCCCCUGACGCCCCCCCUCCCCCACGCGUCCUCGUCUGCACCAAGAGCUCAGUGGGCCUGCAGUGGAAGGCCCCCAAUGACAAUGGAGCCAGAAUCACUGCCUACCUGCUGGAAUGCUGUGAGGGGAGGCAGAGUUCCUUUCGGGAGGUGUACUGCGGUCCUGCUAAGCAGCACAAGGUGAUGCGUCUCAGCCCUGCCACCAGAUACGGCUUCAGGGUGGCCGCCAGGAGCACCGCCGGGACCAGUGCCUUCAGCGAGGUGCUGUCGUGCAGCACAGUGGGCAGUGCCCCUCCUGCCCCCAGCCCCCCCUCCCUGAGCGCGGCCGGAGCCAGCUGGAUCAGCAUGACCUGGGGCUGCAGCGCCCCCUGUGGACUGUCCGCCAGAGACGCACCCAACUACACGCUGGAGAUGGAGGAGACGGAGGGGUUUCAGACAAAAUACUCUGGUCAGGAGACGUGCUACACUGUGAAGAACUUGGAGAGGAGCAUGUCCUACAGAUUUAGAGUGUCGUCGACUAAUGCAGAGGGUUCCAGCCAGCCCAGUGCAGUGGUGGAGUACAGCACUACAGCAGAUGUCCCAGGCAGACCAUCAACGCCCAGACUACACACACCAGCCCUGCCACACACAAUACACACCAGCUGGGAUGCCCCAGAAGAUGACGGAGGAUCCCCCAUCAUGCACUAUGUUCUGGAGCUCAGUCACACAGAUGAUGGUUGGCAGGUGGUGUACACUGGAGACCAGCUGGAGCAUGUGUGUGAAGGUCUGGAGCCAGGGACCUGGUAUAAACUCAGAGUGUACUGCCAGAGCCAAGGAGGACAGAGCCUGGUGUCUGAGUGCUUGUCAGUGCAAACUGCCCCAGUGCAUCCUGGUCCGUGCCGAGCGCUCUGCGUGUCAGGGGAGGCCACACCCUCAGAGAUCACGCUGAGCUGGGAUGCUCCUGAGUGUCUCAGGCAGUCAGAGGAGUGUGUGUACGCGGUGGAGCUGGCCGACACGGCAGAGGCGUCCCACAGGCAGGUGUACGAGGGCCUGGAGAGGAGGUGUGUGGUCGGCUCACUGCUGCCCGCUACGCGCUACUACUUCUGGGCCAGAGCUGCCAACCAGGCGGGGUGGGGACCAUGGUCAGACAUGUUGGAGGCAUCCACGGCCCCUGGGCCCCCAGAAGCAUGUGGCCCCCCACUGCUGACGGUCAGGGGCCCCACUUGUGUCGCCAUCAGCUGGGAGUGUCCGCCAUGCGAUGGGGCGAGGGCGUGUGAGUUUCGUGUGGAGUGGGGAGCGCAGGACGACUCCCUCCAGGUGGUGUACCAGGGCCCCUCGGCCUCCUGGGAGGCCACAGAGCUCACGCCGCACACCCAGUACAGCUGCAGGGUACAGGCUGUUAGUGAGGCUGGCGCGGGGCCGUUUGGGGACAUCAGCAGGGUAACGACGCCCCCCUCGGUACCCGCUGUAGUGGAGUGUGUGGAGGAGAUGUCCGUGGAAGAGGCCGAGGCCAAGGCCGAGGGUGACACCGAAACAGCAGGGGCCGCUCCGUCGCCGUCACGGCUCGCCGUGAGGUGGAAGGAGCCAUGCGACCACGGGGCGGAGAUCACGGGCUACAACAUCGACCUGGGAGAGCAGCUCCCCCUGUCUGUAGAGAGGACCAGUCACCACGUGCUGGAGAGCCUGCAGCCCAACACCACAUACAGGGUUCGUGUUCGGGCUGUGAACAGCAUCGGCGCCGGCCCCUACAGCUGUCCCCUGAAGCUGCGCACCCUCCCCCUGCCCCCCGACCCCCCCACGCUGGAGUGCACCGUCUGCAGCCCCCACACCCUCAAGCUGCGCUGGGGAGAGGGACCCGCACGCAUCCCCACCCCCCGCGGCACUCAGUACUGCCUGCACAUGCAGACUGGGGCCAACAGGCUUGUCUGUGUGUACAGCGGAUCGAGCCACUCAUUCAAGCUGCAGCGUCUAAGUGAGGCCACAGACUACCACUUCAGCAUCCAGGCCAUGAGCUCGGCUGGGAAGGGACCCCUCUCUCCUCUCCACACCUUCACCACCACACGCUCACCUCCACCACAACUCAAAGCUCCAAAGAUAGAAGCAAUCCAAUGGAACAUGUACUCCAUCACCUGGGAAACGCUGCAGCCAAUGAAAGGAGACCCUGUGCUGUACACUCUGCAGCUGAUGAGAGGGAAGGAGGUGGAACGGCUUUACCGUGGAGCUGCCACCUCCUACACCUGGCAAGGGGUGCCCGGCGGUGCUGACUGGCGCGUGCGCGUGUGUGCCGGGCGGCGCAGACCCGAGGGUGCGGAGCUGUGGGGGGCGUACAGCCCCGGCACGGCCCUGCCCCCGGUCCCUGCGGACGCCGGCAGGGACACCAAGACGGCAUCCAGCACCCUGAGCGCCAGCAGCUGUAGCAGCAACAGCGGCGGGCAGUGCCACACAUGGUGGCAGCUCUCAGACGAGCACUUUGCCCUGCUGGUGCUGGUGGUGUUUGGGGUGGUGGCGAUCCUCUUCGCCGUGCUCAUCCAGUACCUGUUCCUGAGUAAGGACUGAACAAGAAAGACAAGAGGAGGUGAUGAUGGUCAUGGUCAUGGUGAUGAUGAUAGUGGUGGUGGUGGUGGUGGCGAUGAAGAAAAAAAGUUGAAAAGAAAAACGAAGGGAGAGAAAAAUGAAAGAGUGAGAGAAAGAAGGAUAGCAGGAGCAGGUCUCUCAGCACAUUUGUCUAACUGGCACACAGUGAGCUCACUUCAUAAUCCAGUUCAUUAUUAUUAUUAUUAUUAUUAUUAUUAUUAUUAUUAUUAUUAUUAUUGCAUCAUGUGAGAUCAAAUAUAUUUGACAUAAGAAGGUACUUUUUUAUUAUUAUUAUUUUAUGCCUUGACCAAUGCAAACUGUGACGAAAGAUGUUAAGAUUUUAACACCUUUACUUAUCCUUUUAUCCACAAAAUUAGCUUCGGCCAGUGUGUGUGUGUUUUGUGUGUCUGUGAGCAGAGAGCAGUAGGGAUCUCUGAAUCUCUGUUGGCUCUUGAUGGUCUGGCUAACAUCAUUUUUUGUCAAUGUUUUUUUUUUCUGUAAGUCCGUGCUGUCUUGGGAAAUGGCAAAACUGGACGAGGCUAGUCGCUACGUAAGCUCUGGCACCCAGGUUCAUGUAGCCUCCUUGAAUGCUAACGCCUCACAAAGUAAUUGAUUUUAUACUUUUCAUUAUGGUUUUUAAGGAUACUCAUACACUGAUGUGUUUCUUUGGAGCUCCUAGGGUUUUCUUUGACGAAGCCUGGAGGGAAAUGUUGGCUGUUCUGCAAGAAUUUACGUGUCAGGGUUGAGAUUUGUCUUGCUCUCAUCUUUAAGCUGUUCUCACAACAGUUCGAGGGGAGAUGGUGCCAAAGCUUUCAUAGAUGCGCUCAAUUGUGUGCUGUUUUAGCGAACUCUUCGUUAAUGGCGGAUGGAGAGUUUCGUACUUUUACAGAUUAUUUUAUCGAACAGGUAUGUCAUACAGUAUAACAUGAGCGAAGCGAAGAGAAACACAAAAAUGUGCAUUCUCUGAUGUUGGGAGAGGGGUUUUUUUUUUUGGCUCUGCUAUUACACACGCGUACACAUAUACAUACAUUCUAGCUAUGUUUUAUGUACAUCUUAGAUUCAGCAGUACUCGCGAGAUAUAUGAAAAUAUGCAUUUGUUAUAAAUGUAUUUCGAUUUGGCUCAAACUGAGCAUCAUAGUCUUUUCCUGGCUUUAGUCAAACCAUUGAUUGCGUAUGAAUGUGUGCUGUCACAAGAGUUAAAAGCUGCUCAAGUUGAAACUUACAAACCUUUAACCAGGACUAAUUUUUACUUAAUGAUGUCACGAGCCCAUUUUAAAGUGUAGUAGCGGCAGAAAUGGCCGUUUCUUUGAUAAUGCACCAUAUCUUUUAUUAUCACUGUAAAGAGGAGAAAAUAAGUCCGUUUACCAAUGCAGGAUUGCAUAAUGCUAAUGGUGUCGUCUGCCAUAGCAGUUCCAACUGCUUGCAUGUUUUAAAGCCUCAGUUUGUAGUUGAACUUGUGACACAGAGCACAGUUGGAACUGUGUUCACUAUUACGAAAAUUAGCUGAUUGGCAGGUCAGAAGUCAGAGUUCAAGGUCAAGGCACAAUCUGACCCCAGGAAAUGGAGCAUUAAUUUUCUCAGCCUUUUUAUCUGUCUAGGAUUUGGAAGGAGGCCUGGUGUGUGCACAUCGGAGCACGUCUAUUUGACAAGAGUUCAUAUUUUCCCAGGGAAGUUUUCUUCCCACCCCCCCACCCCCAAAAAAGAAACAUUGUGCCUUUUUGAACCUACAUGUACAGUAUGAUGAUGUUCCUCCCCUGCAUGCCGGACAUCAAAACAAAACAGAUCUAUCUGGCUCUUGACCAUGUCAUUUCUGUUUUUCGCACAACCUCUAAAGGGGGUCCCUUACCGCAAUCCAAAGUCACAGGGUCUCGCUUGGACUAAAUAUUCAUGUUUGUUUACGGCAAACAGAGAUAAACAUUUCGGGGAAAAGCCACUUAAUCGGAAUCUGGCCUGUUGGAACUGUCCCUCACCUCUGCUUCUGUUAUGCAAUGCUAUUUUGAUGAAGCCCCACGAUCGCGGCCAUUUUCUAUCUAUCUUUAGAGAGUGAUGGUAUUCCAGGAAGCCAUGUCAUCCUUCUGAAAGAAAAAUGUCAAGGCCUUCGCACACUGGCCACAAUACGAGAGAGGUGCAAUGCCUAACAGUGGCUAAUGAAGUUUUGCUGCUUUAGCAACAUCCAGCACCGUCAAAAUAGACUACAAUCAUAUCAUAAUCAGUGGCAGAGGUACAAUAGGCACUGAAGCAUGUAUAAGAAUACAAAAGGAAAUCAAAGAAUCAUGGGACAUUGAGCGACGCUGUAUGAUGAGGCUACCUUUUCUCUGUCUACACAGUGAACUUAACAGGACGUGCCUGCUCAGCACUCCUCUCUGCUACAGAUACUAAAUCAUAAACAUACUAUAUUUAAGGCAUUUCCUGCUCAGAGAUUACAGUUAAGAGAUGCAGUAUGGAAGCUCUAGAGAAGAUACGGAGAGUAGUAUUUCUUAAUUAGUUUUUAUGUGAGCAUGUAAUCACCUUGUAAUAAUAAUUACAGUACAAGUAGUUGUAUUUUUAUCAUUAGGUUAGAAUAAGCGGUUCAUAAUGACUCGAGGGAAAGGGUCCUCUUCUGCGGUGCCGGUCUUGUUGUGGCUCUAUUGUGAUUGUACACAGUACAUUUUACGGUGCUAAUUCGACACUUAGAGACUGAGGCCAGCACUAUAAGUGUUGAAUUUAAUUCAGUGUUGAAUAAACGCUGCAAAAUGUACUGCAUACAAAAAUGCAGAAUAGACAAGUCAAGUCCAGCUAAUGGCAUCUGACUGACAGCCAUCAGACCUUCCCUACACACUCUGAAAGGGAUGAUACAGUGUGUCUGUCAUGAACAGAAGACUCUUGUAUGGCUAUGUGCCGUUAAAGCCUAAAUCCUCCAUACUGUACCUUCAAGCUAUCUUGACUGAAGUAAAACUAUAGACUAUGGCAUUUACCCCCCUCCAACACAGUUUAUUUAGGGGGAAGAGCUUGGGAGAGAUGUUUUGUACUGCCUUCACUCACUUUGCCUUUUAACAGAUAUAGACUGUUUAAUUUAAAAUCUGCCUUUUUAUUCAAAGUUGUAUCACUCUCCCCGAUGUGAGAGGUUUAUUUGCAUUUGGAGAUGCAAGAUGUGUGGUUUACCUCUAAGGGGUAAAAUAAUGCAUCUGAUAAUCCUGCUGCUUGCUCCAUAUCUUUGAACUGUUGUCAAAAGCAGCAGAUGGAUAUCUUAUGGGAUGGUAGGCAUCCCUGUUCCCUCACACCCAUGACUGUUAUAAUUCAACCACAGAACACUUGAGCUAACAGACGGUGUGGCAGGGGCACACACUUCUCCUGUUGCAACAAAAAGGUAGUAGUACUCAUGUAUAAAUACUGCCAUAGCUUUGUAUCUUAACAAAGUGCUUCAUGGGGAAAUUGUUGACCAAAAUGACUCUUAACACUACUGUUCGCUCCGUGUGUAUUCCCAUCGUACUGGACUUUAUUACCCUCUGCUGAACAUACAGUAUACAAAACAGACUCGCGUUUUGAAGGUGGAGGUUAUGUGUCGUUAUCAUUGGCUGUAACAUGCACCUUGAUUGUAUUUUUAUCUUGGCCAAGUGGCCGAAGGAGUCUCAAUGAAAACUCGAGUCAAGCUUAUAUGCUGUUUUUUCAAGGACAACAGCCAUACAGUUACCACCUUGCAAUCUGUUUUCAAACGUAUGUCUCGUACCCCUCUAAGCUUGAGACUAUUGCUGCUACUGCUCCUUCUGCUGCUCUUGGUAUCUAUAUGAGUUAAGAGGAAAAAAAACACAUUAUAACAGACGUAUAUACAUUUUUUUUCCUUUAGUAAUGGUUGAUUUAUAUUGUAUGCAGGGUUAUCCUCUUCAAAACUCUCUCACCAUGGCUGAAUCCUUUUGUUUGUAUGUAUGUUUUCUUUUUUUCUUUUUUUUAAAAACAAUUAAGCUGCUGGAGCUCUUGUGAGUUUGUUGCAUGUGUGCAAUGCAUGCACACACCUGUUUUCUUUCAACUCUAACCCUUGAAUUGGCUUUGGUAUCAAUUUGGAGUUUUCUCGAACCAUUAAGCUUAUUAAAUAAUGUAAUGGUGGAUGUUCUGUCGCAAAACAAAAGACAUGCAUUCACCAUUGCUCCUGGUGGCCACAGGUCACCCAUGGGUUCUGUGUCUGACCGCAGAAUGCAAGCGCACUUUUGCUCUUCACGAGUCAAGGUCCCUGAUUUAUCAGUUCCUUUCUGACUAGACACUUGUCUGGUAGAAACCUUUACUUGCAUAUAUGUCAUAUAAUUCCUACUACUUAUCUUUGUUUAAGGUAUUAUUGCUAUCAAAAGGGUUGAAGCUCGGCACAGAAAAAGGGCUUUUUAUUAAGUCGAAAAUCGGGGAAGAUUUCGAUGGUCUCCUCACACUUACCCCUCAUACCAUGUGCCAGUAUCGUCAGACCACAUAAACUGAGUUUUACAACAUAUUCUCUUUAUUUUGAUACUGAAAUGUAUUUUUUAUUUUAAAUACAAAUGUAAUACAUUCCAAAAAAUAUUUAUCUACAUCAUUGGUCAUUAUUUCUAGUACAGAUCUCACUGUUUAUGUUUUCUGUUUUGUUCUAUUGCUAAACACAAGAAAAAGAAGAUAAACUGCCAUGUAUUAUUGUCAUAACUAAAUUGUAACAAUCAUAGAUAAUAUAUUUAAUAUGGCAAAUAAAUUAUA